UAUUUCAGCAAAGAAAAUUAUAUGCACGUGUAAACUGAUGCUUAUGAAUUAAAUUAGAUCAUUAACACAGUAAUCCUAUAGACUUACCUGAGACUCUCCUAUAGAACUGAGAGGAGUACUUCUGUGUAGACUCAGAAUCCUAUGUACAUCUAUUAGGUCUUAUUUCAAAUAUUCAUUCAUGCAUAGGAAUGUAACAAAUUAAAAUCUAAAAUCCAAAAUUGCUAUUAUAGUAAAAUUUACAAAAUUCCCUCACAUGUGACAUAAUUAAUUGGCAUAGUUUUAUAUCUUUGUUUCUUUAGCACAUUCUUUAAUAUACAGGAAUAUUAAAGUUAUGGAAUUCAUAAAUAGAUGUAAGAUAUAAAAAUCCAAUCAGACAUUUUUCAAAAAUUAAUUGUUUUCAUUAUUUUUUCUUUUAAACUUACUUUCUCCUUUUUAUUUAUUAUGUCCCCACAUCCCUUAUGCAUUAUAGCCCUACAUAAAAUCUUUUCCUGCCAGUUUUAUUCUCUUGUCUACUUGGAUUUCAACAGAAGGCAAAAGGUAAUGUUCUAUGCAUCUCAGUAAUUAAAAAUGAAAAUACUAUUUUUUAUAUAUUUUGCAAGCUAUUGUCCUCAGUUAAAUUACUAAAGAUAUUAGUAUUGAGAGCCAAUGGGUCUAUGACCAUAUUAACAAGAUUACCCACAGAAACACAGGAAUAGUGCCAGGGAUUAGGCAGUUUCUGAAAGAUGUUUUCAAUUUUCUCCAAAACACAAAUAAGCAAAUAAUGCUAACACACAAUGUCUGUGCACAAUAUUCUUUACUCUACACAGCAUGUUGCAAUUUAUUCUGAGGCCUAAAUUACAGACAGAAUACCAGCUUCAUUUUAACUAUGUGCAUUAAUACAGUUAAAGCUUUUGAUAGAUAAUUGUAUUUUAACACACUUUAAAAGACCAUAUAAAUUUAUAUGACAAACUGCCUAAGCAAUGCCUAUGAAUCAGAUUUAUGUUUCAACGCAAAUAAAGCAUCUCCCAUUGGCCUUUGAAAUCUGCUUAUACUGAAAUCUCUUCUUCAACAUUCAGUAAGUAAUAUUUUGUUUUUAAUAGAACACAUUAAAUAUAUAAUUGUUUCACAUUAGUUACCAGAAAGAUAUCAGAAUACAACAUAGUGUGUCCUCUUUCUAAAAUAUGCAAGUAAGUCACACUGUAAAGAUGAUAGGUUUUCUAGGAAACAGAAAAGGCUGCAUAUAAUUGCAUUUAAUGUUCAUUACAGAAAGCUGCCAGCUAACUUUAGGAGAAUGUAACAGACAGACAUGAUUUCAGGAAUCCCCAGACUAACACUUCAAUGACAGCCAAUUACAGCCCCAAAAACACAGCCCAGUAGGCAGUCUGCUAGGAGAACUUGAGGUAAGGUAAAGUUUCUCACAAUGAGUUACAGAUUCACAAGCUCGGGAAGACAAGGAGAAAAAGAAAAACAGAAGGAAUCCAGCUAUCCAGCAAAUGUGAAGCAGACCCCAAGAUCGAGAUACAAUCCAAAUAUGUAAAUUAUUGUAAAUCAUCACUGUUGUUCAGAAUUUCACACAGACAUUUGUGCCAAUUCUGGUUUAUUUCUCCACAGACACAAUAAGGAAGCAGAAGAGGUUGGGGGGGGGAGGGAGAGAAAGAAGAAGCAGGCAGGGAAACAGUAUAAAUGAAGUUCUGCUGUCCAUAUGCUUCAACGGCACAGGAAUUGAAGCUCUUUCAGCAAUUUGUAUUCUCUCCAAAUCCUCAUGAGUCACAAAAAUUAAAAAGCUAGAUCCUUCUGGAUUCCAGAAAGGGCCUUACCACGGGCCUUUUGUCAAACUUUAAAAGGAGGAGGAAAGGAAAAGCCACAGUGCUGGGCAGUCCCACUUUACUUGGCUUCUAUGAUGUCACAAACCACAUGAUUCUGUCUCUCCAGUAACAGGGCUUGCAAAAAAAAGGAGUUUUAAAAGCUUUUGCUUUUUUGGAUUGUGUAAAUGCUUCAUUCGCCUCACAAACAACCACAGAACCACAAGUGCGGUGCAAACUUUCUCCAAGAGGACACAGCAAGAAGCCUUUGGUUUUUAAAUGGUUAAUCUCAACAGGUCACCAACAGCCACGAAGACCAUCAGAGUCAGUAAGUGCUCUCAAACCACAUUCUGUUUCAGUAGUUCUAGACCUGUCAAAUAGUUGUUCAUUUUCUUUUUCUGAUGUUUCCUUACUUUUUUGCAUAUUACAAUGCAGCAUGUUUGCUUUUUUUACUGUAGUCAGAAUGGAAAUACAUCUAGAUUCUAUAUGCACCAGACAUACUGCAAAACCUAAUGGAUCUUCGCUAUGAUUUCUGAUUUCAGUAUAAGGCUUCAAAGAUUCUUUGCACCAGAAGAAACACACCCGCAGGAGGGGAGAGCAAUGGCAUCGAACAGUCUUUUUAGCUCAGUGACACCUUGUCAGCAAAACUUCUUCUGGGAUCCCAGCACCAGCAGGAGGUUCAGCCCCCCUUCCAGCAGCCUGCAGCCCGGAAAGAUGAGCGAAGUCAGCCCGGUGGUGGCGGCAGCCCAGCAGCAACAACAGCAGCAGCAGCAGCAGCAGCAGCACCAGGAGGCGGCGGCAGUAGCGGCGGCGGUGCCCAGGCUUCGCCCGCACGAUAACCGCACCAUGGUGGAGAUCAUCGCCGACCACCCAGCCGAGCUGGUCCGCACCGACAGCCCGAACUUCUUGUGCUCCGUGCUGCCUUCACACUGGCGCUGCAACAAAACUCUCCCGGUGGCAUUCAAGGUGGUGGCUUUAGGAGAAGUCCCUGAUGGGACAGUGGUCACAGUCAUGGCUGGAAACGAUGAAAAUUAUUCUGCAGAGCUGAGGAAUGCCUCAGCUGUAAUGAAGAAUCAAGUGGCACGGUUUAAUGACCUGAGAUUCGUUGGCAGAAGUGGAAGAGGAAAAAGUUUUACUCUGACAAUAACUGUCCUUACAAAUCCUCCACAAGUUGCUACAUAUCACAGAGCUAUAAAAGUGACAGUAGAUGGACCAAGGGAACCACGGAGGCACAGACAGAAGCUUGAUGACUCUAAACCUAGUUUGUUCUCUGAGCGUCUCAGUGAUUUAGGGCGCAUUCCUCAUUCCAGUAUGAGAGUAGGGGUCCCGACUCAGAGCCCACGGCCCCCCUUGAACUCUGCACCAAGCCCUUUUAAUCCACAAGGACAGAGUCAGAUUACAGACCCCAGACAAGCACAGUCAUCCCCUCCAUGGUCCUAUGACCAGUCUUACCCAUCAUAUUUGAGCCAGAUGACUUCACCAUCCAUUCAUUCCACAACUCCCUUGUCCUCCACACGAGGCACAGGGCUUCCUGCCAUCACCGAUGUGCCCAGACGGCUCUCAGGUGCUUCAGAGCUGAGCCCAUUUUCAGAUCCCAGGCAGUUUACAAGCAUUUCAUCCCUCACUGAGAGCCGCUUCUCCAACCCACGAAUGCACUAUCCAGCCACCUUCACUUAUACACCGCCAGUCACUUCAGGCAUGUCAUUGGGUAUGUCAGCCACCACUCAUUACCACACCUACUUACCGCCACCUUAUCCGGGCUCUUCCCAAAACCAAAGUGGACCAUUCCAGACCAGCAGUACUCCAUAUCUCUACUAUGGCACAUCAUCAGGAUCAUACCAGUUCCCCAUGGUGCCGGGGGGAGACCGUUCCCCCUCCAGAAUGCUUCCUCCCUGUACCACCACAUCCAACGGCAGCACAUUAUUAAACCCUAACUUGCCUACCCAGAAUGAUGGUGUGGAGGCUGAUGGAAGCCACAGCAGCUCCCCAACAGUCUUGAAUUCUAGUGGCAGAAUGGAUGAGUCUGUUUGGAGGCCUUACUGAAAUUUUCUCUGCGGGGCGUAAAAUCUGUCAGACAGAAAGCAAACCAAUAAACAAACGAUUGUCAGCUGAUUAUAAAGUGCCUGUUUUUUUCUUGUUUUUUUUUUUGGAAAUCGAUUCUGUUGAUAAGUGCAGUAGCUGGGAUGUUAACAGCUAAUUACAUGCAUACGACAUGAGACUGACUUUCCACAUCAUAGUUCCAGUCAAUGUGGAUCAAAGCACAGUUUGUUUUCCUCCUGGGAAUGUUGUCUCCAUUUUAUAUUUUAAAAUAUAAUGAUCCAACCCCAAAAGAUGCCCAUUCUGUCUAGACUCCUUUAAAAAAAAAAGCGAGUUUUUUUGCCAAGAGAGGAGACUUGGACUCCUGCCAAUUGUCAAGACAACGCCUGUGCUUUAUUUGUUGUUCAAAUAAACAGAAGCAUCUUAAACGUCAGGUACGGUUGCAGUCAUACAAUCUCUAGGACCCUCACGCAUGCACAGUGUAAUUCACUCCGUGUGUUUGUGCACAGAAAAAAAAUGUUUCCAUUUAUAUCAGAAUAUCUUCAGCUUACAGUAACUCCUCAGCCAUCUUAUCAAAGCCUUGCCUCUGAUGAAAGAGAAAACUUCUGAAGUACUUGGCUUUAUACUUCUUCUUUUGCUGAAAUAGCACCCUAUAAGGUACCAAGGCAAACUUGUUCAUUUUGUGUUACACAUUUUUGUGAUUACCUUUGCCUUAGUCAAGUUAACCAAAAAAAUUCUUGGGGAAAAAUGUCCCCCAAGUGAAACAAACAAACAAAAAAACCCACAAAUUUCUUAUGCAAGAAAAAAAAGAGAAUGGCAAUAUAUCAUACUCAAACCAAAACAGUAUCAGUAGUAUGUGUGCGUGGCUAUCUUGUUUUAUUUUAUUAAGUUAUAAUGUGUACAAAAUUGAGGUUAUAUGCAAAAAAUGAAUUGUCAUAUAAUUUUAAAGAAAUAUUUAUAAUUAUUUAAUAAUGUUUGGUCCCUUUAAGGUUUUUUAUAAUGUAAUGAUAUGUUGACUUCGGUCUCUAAAAAUGUCUGUUGUUUUUUAAUUGUGGCAGCCUUUGACUGGUACAGAAUAUCAGACCAUGCAUGAACUCUGAAAAGCAGUUUCAGUAUAAACUAUCUGCAAUAUGUAUUUUUUAAAAAAAUAAUAAUAAUAAUUAAAUGCUUCCAUCUCUAAAGAAUUCAGGUAUAAUUGUACAUUGGCUUAAUUUAUGAAGGAGGUACUGCUUUAAUUGUAACUGAAUAUUGGGUUGUCUUUUUUUUAACCCAGUAAAAAUUAACUGGAAACAGAUUGAGCAGGCAUUAUUUUGAAUACAUUACUCUACAAUCCCUCCAGGAGGUGGGAUCUAAAAGCCCACAUGGACACUUCUGCUCUCUCAUUUCUGCCUUUCCCUAGGCUGUCCUCUGCACUGCAAAGCUCUGUCCCUCAAUAUUGGGGCCUUACUAGGAGGGUUUCUUGUCGAGCACAAGAGACAUCCCCUCUCUCCCAAACAUACAUUUCAAACAUACAUAAACAUAUGUUUUAAUCCCAGCCAGCUUCAUCUGGUGAAAUUCAAAAGUUUUCCAUGUUUUUCAGUCAGCAUUUGGGAAACAGUAAAACAGCCCUGCAUUGGCACAAGAAAAAGGUUCUCCGAUGUGAGACAUUUCAGAAUUCAUCCACUUACCUGAAAUCAGUAGCUGGAGUAAUUUAAGAACUCUUAAAUAUUUUUUUCAGGAACUAUACAUUAUGUUACAAGGCAUUGUAUUGAAAAGGGAUAAGCACAUGUGAACCACUGCAGAGGCCCUCUGCAGUUCAGUGCUGCUCCAGCAUCUGGCAACAUAUAGUAGCUGAAGGUUGAUUGUAGACUUCAGUAAAAUCAGGCACUGCUUUCCUAACUGAAAGACACAAAUAUUCCUGAAGCUCUUAAAAUCAACCAUCCAACAUUUACCAUUUAUCUUUUUUUGCUGGUAAGCAAGCCAAAUUAGUUCCUUGGCAAGUAAGUGUCUGUGUCCCUAAUUAUUCUGGAAUCUUUGAUAAAUUCUUAUUUAGACUCUGGUAGAUAGAAAAGCUCAUAUGGCACUUUACACGAAAUCCAGCAACUUGUGGCUUUGUGCAUAGGCCCAAAUGAAACAGGAUGUGAGGAUGUGAAUGAAAGGUAGGGAGUAGCAGGAGCCCUUUAAAAGGAGGUGUCACCUUCUUGAAAUCCAUUUCUUUCUAGCCUCUGUUUUGAUCUCCUCUGCAUUGUCUUUAGCUUGAGCUGUGUGCAACAGUCUUUUCCAUGGAUUGCGAUGCUGCUGAAACUAAUGAUAGUUAGAUGGAAUCAAUAAGAAAAUGGUGAAACACUUUACACAAUACAGUUGGACAAUUUCGGUGAUAGCUUAGAUAGCUAAAACAGCCAACAGAAUGUUCUACAUUCCCAUGAAUUAUUCUUGACUUAAUAUAAUUCAUUUGCUCCUUAGGAAAAAUUAUUGACCUUCUAAAGGUCAAAUCCCCUUUUUAUAAAUAGGAGAGACUUUCCUGAUGUGUAGUUUUCUUCCAAAGAUGGAAGUUGCUAUUGAUCCUAUUUAUUGUUUGCGGUAGCUUGAAGCAUACCCUUGUCCAUUGAUUUUUAUCUGUAAGAUAAGUAUGUUCAUUUCAGCAGCACUUAAAAAAGCUAGUGUCUGGUUACACAUUUCAAGUUGUUUGGAAUAUUGUUGAUUAAACAAAUCAAAAUAAGGACAUGAAUUGCCAGUGCAAAUGCUGUUGUGUAUUUAAUAAAAGGUACUAUAUUUGUACAUUAUUUUUAUUGCUGAGAAGGCCUUUUAAAAGAUAUACUAUAUGCAUCUUAAAUAAUUUUGUAGGAUAUUUUUUGUUGCUACAGGGGCUGCAGGCAGCAACCCAAAUGCAUUUAAAAAGAAAGGAAGAAAGAAAGAAAGACAUUCUUGUACAAUUUCAAUACUGCUUUAUAUUCUUGGAUUUAAUCCAGCAUAGAUCAUUUUUAUAUUCUGUUCUGUAGCUUCAGUAAUGUUUCUAUAUCAUAUUUUGGGAUCAUUUCGGAUUAAAACUCCAGGUUGCUCAGGUGUGCAGUUUUGCUUGCCCCAAAACAUGCCCUGUUCAUGCCUUUCUACUGUUGACUGCACCAUUGAAAUGGUUUGCUUUACAGUUUAGAGUAACCAAUAAUAAUAAAAGAAGAGAGUCUUAAGCACCUUUGAUAUAAGCACAAGGCCCUUGUUUAGUGUCUCUCAUGUUUUAAGUGUGCCUUUAAAAAAAAUAGACUCAAGCUCUCAGUUGGAAACAUCUUUAUCCAUCUAGGGAGAUAUUUAAUGCCUGGCUGGCAUCAAGAGAAACGUAAGCUUAAAGUUCAAGCUUUUUACGGUUACUAUAAUGUUUCUCCUGUAUGUCACCCAUCUCUUCUUCAGAAUUCAUUUUUAUUUAUUUAUUUUGAUACAGGAAGGGAAUGUGGGAUGACAUUAGCAUUAUGGGCUGUAGUUAGAAUCUCAAGUCCAGAGGAAAGGCUGGUCCAGUUUAUAGUGUUAAAAAUGCUUGUGCAGACGCAUUUACAGAGAGAUUUUUCAAGUCUUGGCCCUUGGAUAAAACUCAGAAUUCUCUUGUAAGCUUGGGCAUAAUGAAUCCAAAGUUUAUUGGUACAAAACAGGCACUAGCCCAUGAAAAACCCCUUGUCACAGCAUCUAGGAAGGUGCUCCAUUGACCCGGACUCUAAGCUAGCAGUCCCUGGGCAUGGAUUUGCUAGCCAGUAUCUGCCCCCUUUUCACCAGGCUUCAUCAUGGAGAGAUUUUUGCACUGUCAAGUUUGCCAGAUAGGUUUACCCUCCUUUCUUGCUGGAGUCUCCAUUUCAGUCCUGGUGAGGUCAUGCAUCAGGACUCUGAGAAAAGCCAUGAACAAAAGCAAUAAUUUAAAUAAAAUAUAAACCAAAGGAAAUACUGUUUUCUAAGAGCUUUAUUUCUGUGAUAACAUUUCAUUUCAGUAUGUUUGACCUAUCAUUUAACCAUUUACGUUUCUUGCAAUAUUUUUAAAUAGAUCAGCCAGAAAUCAUAUUUUACAGUACUUUUUGUUUCCUAGGUACACUAAGCAAUAUUUCACAGUAUUUUUUGCUUAAAUAUGUUUCACCAAUCUUGAAUUUCUUCUGGAGCAAAAUAUUUGUAGCAUUUCCUGUAAAUACAAGCUUUAAUUUCUUUCAUUUUCCCUCAAUUGCUGUUGUCCAAAAAUUGCUUUCCAUGCACAGAUUGUACAAACACAUUCUUUUUUUUUUUUUUUUUGUGCCGCAGACAGCGAUUGUGGAAGGGAAGGGUUUACUUUAUCUUCAAAGGGACUGUGUGUAUUGUAUGUUGCAACUGUAAAUUGAAUUUGUUUGGCAUUCUCUCAUGAUUGUAAUAUUAAUUUUGAGGUUUGAAUCUCAUUUUCAAUAAAGUGGCUUUUUUGUUAUUGUUGUUCCUUGCUUCUUUGUUUUCUGCUGCAUCUCCAUAAUUAUGUCUUUCAUAUUUGUAAAUAGACUAGAACUGACUGGAGCCAGAGUAUGCUGAAAUACCAAACUGCAUAUUGACAGCUCCUUUAACUUCUGCAGGAUAGAAACUGCUAUUUUAAAACAGCACAUUCCUAAUCUUAAGCAUAGUUACUGUAUAUGAAACUCCAAGGAUCCCUGAUUAAUGGUGCACAUCUAAUGUUGCACCAUGGCCUGUAUCAAAAUAAAAGUUUAAUUAAUGAAAAAAGCAGAGGAGGUGAAGUAUUUAACAUUGUUGCUGUGGAGGAAAAAGUAGAAAGAAAAAAAAGGCACUAGAAGGUAACCAUUCUCUCAAAUAAUAUCUGUAUGGUAUGUUUUAUGUUGGAGUCAUUAGCACAGUCAGAAAUUGUUCCUUUUUUUCUUUCUGGUUUUUUUUUUUUAAAGCAAGGGUACGAGGAAAACGUCAUUGCGAAGUUUUCACUAAGGCCCUAUCAUUUGGUCUGGUGUCACAAUUUUUGUAACCAAACAGUGGAGAAAGGAAGGUUUGGCGGUGUUCUGAGGGCUUACAUCUAUUUCAUAUAUGUGCUACUACCAAAGAAGAAGAAGGGGGAGGGAGAGAGGGAAAGAGAGAGAGAGAGGCGCCCCAUUUUUUAAGGACUCUGUUUCAUGACAGCCUCCUGUUUACAUCAGUAUUCAUGUAACAGUUCAGAGUCUUCUAGGAAACUGGUAUAUAAGCUGUUGACCACAGACCAAGUACUGUUUGUGCUGUUUGCAGGGAAGCAAUAUUCGAUAUUAUAUAGUACAUGUCACCUUUGGGUUGCUAUCUAGUGCAGCUAAAUGCAUUACACUGUUUAAUCCAUACAAGUAUGUCAGAGUUGAGAAACAUAGGCCCCCAACCCUCAGCAGUCCUAGCCACUUGGCCAGUAGACAGAAAUGCUGGGAG